CGACUUGUCUUUUUUUAAGUUGUCACAUGUCAUUUGUAUUCCUCGAGCGUUCGUAUAAUAUGUAUUUGAAGACUUAAAAUUACAUAAUUCCUUUAAAAACAAGAAAAUACAACUAAAAUGUUGAAGUUUGGUGUAAAAUCUGUAAUACUGGGCUCAGCAGUAUAUUAUACCAUUGAUAAAGGAGUAUGGAAAGACAGCUCGACAACUUCUAAGCUGUAUGAAGAACUUGAAGAAGGUGUGUCACCUUAUGUAGGCGAACUAAAAAAACAAAUACCAUACGAGCUACCUCCACUACCGUCUAAUGAUAGAAUGACAUAUUUAUUCAAAUAUUAUUGGAAUAGUGGAGUGAAAGCCACAUUUAGGUUUUUGAUUGAUCUUCCUACACACGCCACGAAUGCUGCAAGCAAGUCGUACGAAUUUAUAAAUUCAGUAAUAGAACCAGUUGAUCCAGCUUCUAGACAAGAUAAUGAAAAAUGAUUGUUUUCUAGCAAAUGUAAAUUAUUAAAUAAACAUUAAUUAAGAAUAAA